GCAUCGUUCUAAAAUCUUUAUGCGGAAGAAGGCGACUAUCUGCCGAACAAAUCAAAUCCAAUUUAGGCAGAAUUUCCUAUUGCUGUGACGUUGAGUGAUGAAUGCAUCAGCUGCUUGCCUGCUGUCCGCGCGUAUCUUGUAGAUUCAUUUCAUUCGUUUUUUGUUUUCUAUAUUUUUUUAAAUUUGCUUUUAGUUGUCUUCAUGUUUUUAUCAUAACAUCACCGUUCCCUCCCACCGACGUUAGGUUUAACAAAAAGCACAAUUUUUUGUUUUGAUAGAAUAACAAAAGAACAGAAAAAAAACAUGAAUAUUGUUGAUCAAUUUCUUCGGAAUAAUUAUAUUUUGGCCAUUUGUGAGGAUGCAAUCUGCAAGAAAUCGUUCACCCUAAAUUUGUCACAUUUCAAAAUGACCGAAGUUCCAGAUUUGGUGGAAAAAUGUGAAGUUCUACUAAAACUAUUUUUGAAUCGUAACCAAUUGACCAGGAUGCCAUCGUUCAUGAUCAAAUUUACAAGUCUACAAAUACUAACAUUGGACUACAAUCAACUGAGUGAAUUUCCCCGGGAGUUGUGUCAACUGAUAAGCCUGAAAUCAUUAAAUAUUAGCUGUAAUGCCAUAGCAAAAUUGCCACGAGAAAUUUGUCAAUUAACGCAAUUGGAAACGUUUUGGUGCAAUAACACCGGCCUAUUGGAAUUGCCGGAAGAGUUGGGAAACUGUGAUAGGCUUGAGACAUUGGGUGCCAGAGGGAAUCUAUUACAACAACUGCCUGCAAGUAUUUCCCGUUUAAGAAGGCUACGUUGGCUAACAUUGGAAAAUAAUCGCCUAACAACAAUACCCGAUUCAUUGGGGGAACUGACAAAUUUGGUACAUUUCAAUGUGAAAUCCAAUCGCUUGACAUGUUUACCAAAUUGUCUCAGACAUCUGAAGAAACUACAAUAUGUCUUUCUCAAUUGCAAUUGUAUUUCAACAUAUCCAACAGAUGAUUUCCCCAAAUCUUUGGAACAUAUACGUAUGCUUAAUAUCUGUGAUAAUCCAGUGUGUGGUUUGCCAUCUUUACAUGAAAAACUAAAGGAGCAUAAUAACAUAUUAUAUGAGAGUAACCAACAAGAGGAUGUGACAAACAAUGACCUGGCGGAACAGGAAAACAAUCCGGAUGACGAGGAUGAAGAAUAUCAAACCGAUUGGGAGAACUCAGUGGAAACAAGUGAUUUAGAUUCUACAGAUUCAAGCAGUCCUGAAAAUAAUUUAGAGGACAUAUCAAUUCUGAUACCGGAACUAUCACGUUACAUUACAAAUUUCAGUUAAAAACUGGGGAGGUUCUAUGACAUUUUAUUCAAACAGGGAACUACAACAAAAUUAGAGUAACCACGAAAUUUAAGCAAAUAUUGCUUUAGCAUACAUAAUAUAGUACAUAAAUAAAUGUAAAUGUGCCACACA